CCCCCCGAGGCCCUUUCUCCCUUGGACUUUCCAUCCCUCACCAUGAUUCCCUUUCCUUCUCCACUACAAAUUGCUAUGCCAACGAAGUGGCUUGGAUUGAAUCCAUUGGAGUUGGCACAGAAAUACAUGCAAUCAGUAUGAGUGCAAGCAGGAGGACACCACCCCCUCCCCCUUAUAUAUACCCGACCUCAGCUCAGCUUCCUCCAAACCCUCCUCGAUCAACCCUUCGCAGUUAGCUUGCUAGCUCCAAACAGAACACCACUACACCAUCAUACAACCCUUUCACAUCGCAUACUACCAAACAAGUGAAGCUAGCACCUUGCACCAAACACUUGCUAGCUUACGCCAUGAGAAGGCACGGCAAUGAGGCCUCCCCUUCCAUCCUCCACACUUCUUCCAUAGCUCUCCUCCAGGAGAGGUUCAGAAACCUGCAGAGGGUGAAGGAGAUGAGAGAGGGGAGGGACUUGCAGAGGGUGUACUCUACUGAUACUGACCAUGCUGGGUCUUUGUCGACUCCGAACAGCCGAGCAGCGGAGGUGUGCCUUACUCCUCCCUACAUCAGCAACGAGCAACCGAUGUGGUUCUUGCACCCGGACUUGGUCCGACCGUCGAGGCCCCUGCAUGGCCCGGUGUACCACGGGCUCGACGCCAACGGCGCAAAGACCUCGCCACCACCGGCGAGCUCGUGGGGAGGAAUGCAGAAUUCAGGCUAUAGGAGUGAUGUAGAUGUCGAUACCUCUCUUCAUCUGUAAUCUACUAUAUGUCUAUAUGCACGUAUGGCCCUGCUGUUCUUUCGUUAUUUUGUACGGCUCGUGGGUUCCAGGCUUAUUUGCAGUACUUCUGUUGCAUUUUGGACUUGUAACUUCUUGGGUAUUUUACUAUAUAUGAGUUUUCCCUAGAUAUAUAUA